GCCCCACCUUGUUUCGAUCACGUGACCUGCGCUUGGGGAAGAUGGUGGAAGUUUCUUCUUCCUUGAUCAGAAACCCCGACAGAAACCAAAACAUCCCGUAGACAUAGGGCUGGGAGUGUAGCGCAGUGUGACCAGCUUCUCUUCAGACCCGGAUUAAUACUCCAGCCCUAUGUCAUGGCCGGGGGAACCACCAAACCACCAGGGACAUCCAAUGGUUACCCUCUGAAAGCACAACUGCAAAUCAUUGUGUUGUCAGCAAAACUAAAAGAAAACAAGAAGAACUGGUUUGGGCCCAGUCCGUAUGUAGAGGUGACAGUGGAUGGACAAUCCAAGAAGACUGAGAAAUGUACCAACACGCACAGCCCCAAAUGGAAGCACCCACUCACUGUGAUUGUGACCCCCUUCAGCAAAUUGGUCUUCCGUGUGUGGAGCCACCAGACCCUUAAGUCAGAUGUUUUACUGGGCAUGGCCACUCUGGACGUCAGCGACACCCUUAAGAAGAAUGACAUGAAAAUCUCUGAGGUGGUGCAGACGUUACAGCUGUGCACAGACCGGGAGCAGACUGAUGUGGUGGGCGACCUGUCCGUUUGUCUGGAUGGAAUGACUGUGGACCCGGAGAUGUUUGCCAAUGCAGAGGCUGCUCAACACAGUACGGCCAACGGGGAAUCGCCAAGUCAACCUAAUGGAGAUCCUGUUAUAAGGCAUAGUCGGGACAACUCUCCAGCUGUAGAUGGUCUAGAACACAGGGGUUCACCCGGAGGCAGGAGGCUGACCAACAACACAGGUUCUCCCUCACCAAGCACGAGACCAGUGAGACCCCCAAGACCUUCUAGACCUCCUCCCCCUACUCCUCGACGACCUAGUUCAUCACCAGCAUUAUCUUCUAACGGCCCCACGUCUGCAGACAACAGUAAUGGUCAAUCAGGAUGUGAUACUCCAGUUAGGACACCAGCCUCUGCUGAGUCCACAGCAUCAGAGGCCAGUCCAUCCCCUGGUCCAGAGGGGAGCUCCACGACAGCCUCCUCCACUCCAGGUUCUACAGCCACCCGACAGCCCACCAGCACUGCCACCACCUCAGUCAGUCCAAGAGUACCCGCCAUCAACACUGGACCUCUCCCACCUGGAUGGGAGCAGAGGGUGGAUCAGAAUGGCAGGAUUUAUUUUGUCGAUCAUGUGGAGAAGAGAACAACGUGGGAACGCCCUGAACCACUGCCCCCUGGCUGGGAGCGCAGAUUGGACCCUAUGGGCCGUGUGUACUUUGUGGACCAUAUAUCCAGAACCACCACGUGGCAGAGGCCCACUAUGGAGACCAUGCGCAACUAUGAGCAGUGGCAGCAGCAGCGCAGCCAGCUCCAGGGAGCCAUGCAGCAGUUCAACCAAAGGUUCAUGCUCGGGACACAAGAUCCAGCUUCACAGGAGUUUGAUCCUCUUGGUCCACUGCCACCUGGAUGGGAAAAAAGAACUGACUCAAAUGGCAGAGUGUAUUUUGUUCAUCAUCCUACUCGCUCAACACAAUGGGAGGAUCCUCGAACUCAGGGGUUGUUGAAUGAGAAGCCGCUUCCAGAGGGUUGGGAGAUGAGAUUCACUGUAGAUGGGAUCCCAUACUUUGUGGACCAUAACAGAAGAACAACUACCUACAUUGAUCCACGCACUGGAAAGUCUUCACUUGAAAAUGGACCUCAGAUCACAUAUGUCAGAGAUUUCAAAGCCAAAGUGCAGUGCUUCAGAGCCUGGUGCCAGCAAUUGUCAAUGUCUCAACACAUAAAAAUCACUGUGAGCAGAAAAACAUUGUUUGAGGACUCCUUCCAGCAGAUAAUGAGCUUUAAUGCUCAGGAUCUGCGGAGAAGAUUGUGGAUCAUCUUUCCUGGAGAAGAAGGCCUCGACUAUGGGGGAGUCGCCAGGCAAUGGUUCUUCCUCCUGUCCCACGAGGUUUUGAACCCCAUGUACUGCCUGUUUGAAUAUGCUGGGAAAGAGAACUACUGUCUGCAGAUCAACCCUGCUUCCUACAUCAACCCUGACCACCUCAAGUACUUCAAAUUCAUUGGACGCUUCAUUGCUAUGGCUCUUUUCCAUGGAAAGUUCAUUGACACUGGUUUCUCGCUGCCUUUUUACAAACGUAUCCUGAACAAGCCUUUGACCCUCAAAGACCUGGAGUCUAUAGAUCCUGAAUUCUACAACUCCCUAAUAUGGAUCAAGGACAACAACAUUGAGGAAUGCGGCCUCGAGAUGUUUUUCUCUGUUGAUAAAGAGAUUCUUGGAGAGAUUACGACUCACGAGCUCAAACCUGGAGGAGGAGACAUCCAGGUCACAGAGGAAAACAAAGAGGAAUAUGUCAGAUUGGUGGCAGAAUGGAGGUUGUCGAGGGGGGUGGAGGAGCAGACCCAGUCGUUCUUUGAAGGUUUCAACGAGGUCCUCCCUCAGCAGUAUCUGCAGUAUUUUGAUGCCAAAGAGCUGGAGGUAAUGCUGUGUGGGAUGCAGGAGAUUGAUCUGGGAGACUGGCAGAGGAACACAAUAUACAGACAUUACGCCCGCAGCAGCAAACAGAUUGUCUGGUUCUGGCAGUUUGUGAAAGAGAUGGACAAUGAGAAGAGAAUGAGGCUGCUUCAGUUUGUAACUGGAACUUGUCGUUUGCCUGUGGGAGGAUUCGCUGACCUCAUGGGGAGUAAUGGCCCUCAGAAAUUUUGUAUUGAAAAGGUUGGAAAAGAAAACUGGCUUCCCAGGAGUCACACAUGCUUCAACAGACUGGACCUGCCUCCAUACAAGAGUUAUGAACAGCUCAAAGAGAAACUGAUGUUUGCCAUUGAGGAGACAGAGGGUUUCGGACAAGAGUGAGCUGUGAAGCCCAAGUCAUCACUGGUGUUGAAAUCAAGGAUCCUCUUGUAUGGAACAACAGAGAGUCCAGCAGCCUGUUGAACUGUGGUCUACCACUACACACUGUGCUUCAGCAGGCCCCAGUGUCUGAAUGGUACCAGAAAAUAUUUUUAUUAUUGAAACCAAAAACACAGAAGAUUCUCCUGUCUCUCCGAAUGAGCACCAAAAUAUGCAUGAGACCCAAACCUCACCCUAAAAUCUCACUUGGAUGAUAAUGCAUAAUAAUAACUCUUCUGGCAAAAUGCAGUUAAGCUUUAUUAAAGAGGAUUUAAAUUUUUAAUAAACACUAAAGUAUAUGUUGUAAGCUUUAUUUUGCACACAUGUAAUUCAGUUCAAUUGAAUUGUUCGAAUGAGCAUAUAGAAAAAAAAAUGAAUACAGGGAAAAAAUAAAUGCAUAAAAAUAACAGUAGAUUAGCAGUUAUCUACUAGCUAAACGGUUUGUGGCUCAAAUCUUGCUCACCCUGCUCAUGGGUUUCUGUUAUGUUUUGAAUGGUGAAAAGGCCUCAAAAUGUCACAUAUAUCAUAUUUUGAUUAUUAAUUGCUUUGGCAACAUCUCUAAUUUUUCAUCAUCAAGCCAUUAUCUGCAGUUGUAGAACUUGGCUACAUCUGUGGUUAAAGAAAAUCUCCUUUGUAUUUGUAAUGUCUGCCCCUUUUACCACGAUGUUAACGUUAAAAUAUGAAUCCAACUGCUUUCAAUCAAAUACAUCCUUGUUAACAUUGCUCCACUGUACACUGAAUUUUAUCUCAAGACGUAAACAAUGCUAAUCAAAUGGUUAGCCUUCAGAUAAUUACUAACAGUUCUUAUCAUUUUGGUGCUUGACAUGAAUUGGAGACUAUAGCGUAACAGAUGAAUGGAGAAAGAGCCCUGUGUUCCUGGUUCGAUAGUAUUUAAUCUGUGAAUCACUUCUUGAUUGUGAAAAGUGUUGUAAACUUCACUUAUUUAUAGACUUUAACUGACCCUAGUUUUAUAGGGACAGAGUUGUGCGCCGAUACUGAAUUCUAGGAUUGGGAAUUGGGUUUGGGAGAAUAGUGUAUUUUAAUAUUCAUCUCACCUUAACUAUGUGGUGUUGCUUGAAAACUAAUAAUGAAAAGAUAAUGGAAGACCUGAAAAACUGUUAAUGUUCACCCAAGGAUCAUGAAAUAGAACAGGAUUAGUGUUAUAAUUGAGUCGGUUAGUUCUGCCAAAUGGAAAGUCAUGAAAAUCAGUUGCAAUGCAGUAAAUAUGAAGAAGUAAAAGUGCAAUAAGACAUUUUGUUUGCAUUUUCAUACAUACUAUCAUCAGUAAUUAUGUACACUCCACAUGGAAAAUAGAAAAUAUAGCUAAAUUAUGUCUAAUUCAAUCAAUGAACAUACCAUUUUAUUUAAAGUGUUCUUUCUGGAUACAGCUAGUGCCAUUCCAGUCUAUUUAUAGAUCAUGCAGUUACCUGUGGUAGCACUGUAGGGAAAAUAUAAUGGCCUGUAAUACAUUUGAGCAAAAUCAGUAUUCAUCUGUAAGUGUUAUUUAAUGUAUUAUGAGGCUAACCAGCCUUUGUCUGUGGUCAGGAAUUGACUUGUUUAUUUUUCACGAUUCUUGGGUGAAAAGAUGCCUUGUGUUGAUAUGAAACUGCAGCAGUGUGGAGAAAACUGGAGAAGAGAAGCUGUUUGUUGAUGUGACAUUAAAAAAACAACUGACUAAUUAAAGAAAACCUAAUGAAUGUACCACUAUAAUAGACUAAUGCCUACGUCUUCACUUCUGUGUUGUUUUAAUCUUAAACUGGGUCGAUCUUCAGAUCACAGGGACGACAUAAGCAAUUCUGUACAUAGUGGUUUGGACAGAUCCAAAAAUUCUGUCACUCUCCUGUACAUGAAACACUGUAAAUGGUGUCAAUAACAGAUUUUCUUUUGUAAAAGAAAAGUUUUAAUAAGAGGUUUAUGAUGACUCUAUUUUUUUCUUUUCCCUGUUCAUUUCGGUUGUACAUGAAAGAUGUGUGUAAUAUAAAAUGUCACAUUAAUAAAUGAAGUAAAUACUUCCGCAUACAUGA